GGGGAGAGACGUCAGCUGAGAACCACAUUUUUUUUUUUUAAUGGCCUACCCCAGGGUGGAGUCUGGCUUUCUUUCCAGUGUUGGCUGACUUACAGCUCAUGCAAACUAGUGGGAAUUUCUGAGUCUCAGGCUCUCUUUUUCUGUCUCUGGUUUCUAAGCACACGUGUCAAGGUCCGGCAGGUACAAGGGGUGAAGGUAUUGCAUAAGAAUUUCUGCAGGAUGUCAAACUGCAAUGUGUCUUUGGAAUAUGAGGCAAGCUUUCCUGUUUAGGAGUAUCACAGAGCUUCUAGAGCUGCACCCACUGAGACUAUCUUCUGAAUUCCUGGAUUUUCUCUUUCUGGAAGUUACCCUUCCUUUCUUAAAGAACCAUGGACAUCAUUGGCUUUCUGAAGUCUCAGUUCAUUUGCCACCUUCUUAUCUGCUACAUAUUUAUAGUGUCUGGACUGAUGAUUAACUUCAUUCAGCUCUUCACGCUUGUCCUCUGGCCAAUCAACAAGCAGCUUUUCAGGAAGAUCAAUUGCAGACUGGCUUACUGCAUUUCAAGCCAGAUGGUGAUGUUGCUGGAAUGGUGGUCAGGCACUGAUUGCACCCUCUACACUGACCCAGAGAGUUACCACAAGUACGGGAAAGAGAAUGCCAUCGUAAUCCUUAAUCACAACUAUGAAAUCGACUUUCUCUGUGGUUGGAACUUUUGUGAAAGAUUUGGGGUUUUAGGGAGUUCCAAAGUGCUUGCAAAAAAGGAACUUUCUUAUGUGCCUAUCGUUGGUUGGAUGUGGUAUUUCCUAGAGAUAGUCUUCUGCAAGCGUAAAUGGGAGGAAGAUCGGAAAAUUGUCAUGCAGAGUUUGCUCAAUAUCCGGGAUUACCCUGAAAAUUUUUGGUUCUUGAUACACUGUGAGGGCACGAGAUUCACAGAGCAAAAGCACCAAAUCAGCAUGCAGGUUGCUGAAGCCAAAGGCCUGCCUAAGCUCAAGUAUCAUCUGCUGCCCCGGACAAAGGGAUUUGCUGUCACCGUGCAAUGUUUGAGAAAUGUAGUUUCAGCUGUGUAUGAUUCUACGCUCAAUUUUAGAAAUAAUGAGAAUCCAACUUUGCUGGGAGUUUUAAAUGGGAAGAAAUACCAUGCAGAUUUAUAUGUAAGACGGAUUCCAUUAGAGGAAGUCCCAGAAGAUGAACAGGAAUGUUCUAAGUGGCUUCACAAACUCUAUCAAGAAAAGGAUGCCUUUCAAGAAGAAUACUACCGAACAGGAACCUAUCCAGCUACUCCCAUAGUCUCACCUCGACGGCCAUGGACUCUUUUGAACUGGCUUUUCUGGGCCUUAUUGCUGCUAUAUCCUUUAUUCCAGCUGCUUAUCAACAUGAUCAGCAGUGGAUCAUCCCUGACGCUUGCUAGUUUUGCUUUUGUCAUCAUUGUGGCUUCUGUUGGUGUCCGAUGGAUGAUAGGAGUGACUGAAAUUAACAAGGGCUCUACCUAUGGCAACAAUGACAACAAGCAGAAACAAAUGUAAUAGCUCCAGAGAGAACAAAUGCAACUUCUGAAAACUCUUUACUUGCACAUCAUGCUCCUUCAAGUGAGGGUGGGGGUGAGCGUAACUGAAUUUGUGCUCCAUUUUGUUUCCUUGGAGCUGGGGCUAGAUUUCAGACUUGCUGAAAGGUGUUCUGCAUCUCACCUCUCCAAAACAGGUUGGCCUUUGUUUGUUGGUUUUCCUAUGAAGUGUCUUACAUUUGGAAGAAAAGAAAAUCUAGUGUGAUAUAAGCAGUUGGCUGUGGGGGGGGGGAUACAGGUUUUUCUUAACAUGCUGUAAGGAAUGGAUCAUAAAUGGUGGUAAUUAAAAUGGAAGUUUUGUAUGUCUAGAUCAUGUUACCAAUUUAAUGACCAUAAUCUGUUGUUUCAAUAUACUUUGCUCAAUUAAAGAAAUGACAAAUUGAACCAAGCCCCCUGCAGGAAACGGGUCUCAGCAGAGCUAUUCCAAUAUUGGUCCUAUUCAUACAAUGAGAUCCACUCAGUCCCUGCACCUAUUAACUUGAAUGGGACUGAGUAUGAGGGUCUGUCCCUCCAGCUCAAACUGCAAGAGUAGGGUCUUUGUGAUGUAACUGGUAGUAGAAUUUGGCCCAGUGAAUUUUGAACACAGCUGUGGUGUUGAGACAUGACAAAUGUACCUACUAUACCACCAUUUCUUAUAAUUACUAAGCAGUUUUGGAUUAGCUUCAGAGCACUGAUGUAUGCAAUGAUUAGACUGAAUACUGUUUACAUUUUGGGAGAAGUAAAAGAUCAUUUUUAGCUUACAAAAUACUUAUACAUAUGGGCCUUUACAGUGGUAAGAAAGAAAAGCAGCUGUAUGUCCUUCAACAAAACAAGGUUGGGGAAUCAUUUCCUUUUGUCUCUUCUGAGAAAUAACUACACUUAGCCUCAGAGGGUGCAGUUUAAGAUGACUUGAAGCUAGAUGAUUUCCUGAAGUGUUAAUUUUUUCUGGGCAUGCCUUCCAGUUCAGAGUCCUAUAGAGUUAAUCUAGUUUCCAGAGACAAAACCUUACUGCCUGUAGUGAUUCCUGUCCCUGGCCCUUUGGAAAGAAUUCUGUCCUUCAUUAAGCUAGGCUUGUUUUUAUAUCCUAGCUCUGCUGCCUUUGUGCCCUCUUGGUUUUUAAACAUCAUAACCUGUGGAAAUUGCCUCCUUUUUAAAAAGUUUUUUGUAACCAGUGAAUACCUGAAGGUCACUAGUCACUUGUUCUCCUAGAUUUUGGCAUAGUGCAUUUCACCAAGCCACAGCUUCUAUCUGUAUUAGGGAAUUUAGUGAAAGCUUCUCAAGCAGUUUGAUUUGUAGCAGAUAAGAGUGCAGUGGGAGACUCAAAGAAACAGUGCAAAGAAAUCCAUGAACAAGGUAUUUGCUGUUCAGUAGUUGAAAUGUGACUUAAGAGAGCAGAGAUGAAUAUGUCUAACUUAAUGAGGGUGUGGGUAGUACUAUUUUUUAGUAGAGGGGUAGUUGCAAGGAAUGGGUUUGAAACGCAUGGCUGUUAGUCUGAAGGAAGGAGUCUGAAUGUCUGAGGCAGAUUGAUUUUGCUCACUUUACUGGUAUCUAAUUGCUGAGACUUCAGCGUUUCCUGCCCCCACAGCCUUAACUAGCUCUUAGUGGGAAAGGGUCUUUUAAACUCACUGCUAAGGAUAGCCUAUUCCUUCCAGAUUCUCAAUAUUCAGUGAAAUGAAGGUGAACCAAGAUGAUAUAAUUGCAGGCUUCCUUAGGCCUUUUCUUCAUUAUAGAAUAGGGUAACUUCCUUGUAGAUACUGAAAAUAAAGGCUACUCGCAUGCUUUUGCCACGGUACAUUACGGGUGUAGAGAAGAAGAACAGAACUACCUGGCAUACUGCACCAGUGCUAUACAGAAACCCCUUAGGGUAUGGCUUGACAUGAAGGGAACUGCUGCCACCACCACUACCCCUACUGCUGCACGGCCUGUCCUGGUCAUUUUGAAAGUGAGGGCAGGAAGGGAGAACUCUGUUUAAGCCACCUUAGUGGUGCAGAUAAAAUGUAUGGUUUGGUAAAGGAGGGGGAGGGUUUUUUCAAGUGGGGCUCACUGCUGAACAGCAAAUGUGUAUUAGUUCAGAGGCACACAACCCUUGUAUUUAAUGUUAAUAUGAAAAUGUUUAUGUAAUUGUGGAGUGUUUCUUAGUACAUAUCAGUUAUUCUGAGUGAGAGAAUUAAAAUAGAUUAGAUUAGGCUAAAGCACUUAAAUCUGUCUUUCAUUCCAUGCACUCCCAGAAGUCCCCUUGAUUUAACUGGGAAUUUUAGAUGCACAAGGAACGUAGGAUUGGACCUUC